AUGUCUGAUCGUGAAAUUUUAUUUCAUGAAAAUUUAAUGAAAUGCCGUUCUUCAACAGUUAAUACUCGUCAUGCCCAUUUAAAAAAGUUGCAAAGUAUGAAUAUUGAUAUUAAUAAUUUAAAUAAUGACAAUAUUGUCGACAUUUUAAGGCAAUUACAAACAACUUCGAAUAAAAAUGGCCGAAAAUUAACUCCUAGUUAUAUGAAUAUCAUAUAUUCCACAUUACGUAGAUGGAAUCCUUCAUUAACUGUUAAAAUUAGUAAGCUUGGUUUCUCACGACGGGGUCGUUUGGUUAUAGAUAAUCCAAUGAACAAUAUUGAAAUAAUUGGUUUAAAAGAGUUGAUAAUCACUAUCUUUAGAUAUGCAGUGACAUUUAAAGCGGUUAAUUACCUUAGAGUACCAUCUCGAGCUACUAUUGAUACUGCUAUAGCUAUGAUAUUGAUCCUCAUAACAAAUUUGAGUUUUAAUCAACUGGUUAAACUACGUGUUCGUGACUUGAAAACAAUUGCACAUGACAAUUCUAUUUCUAUAACUAUAAAAUCAGGAAAUUCUGCAGUUAAAGUAAAAAAAAUGGCAAACUUAUACAACCCACUGUUCAUUUGUGUCGUUAACAUGGUAUUAAGCCGCGAAGAGUUCAUGAAACGAAAUUUUAUUAAUAAUGUUGAUGUUAAAUAUAAUCGUGUCAAUAUUUAUGAUUACAAUGAUGAAGAUGAAGAUUAUUGCGAUAUCCUUUUACGUGAAUGCUGGAUCUCUUCACGUUAUAAUUAUCCGUAA